UUUUGUUGCGGUCACGGAGCAGUUUCAGCGGCUGUCAGUCAAGGGCGGCUAUUCCGGAUGCGGCAGACGAGCUGUCCUCCUCCCGUCUCUUGUUUUUCCUCGCGCAGCAUCAUUUUGGAUAAACAGGAUUCUUGCAAGAUUUUGUUUUGAGGCCGGAAAUUUUAAACAUUGUAUAGCAUAUGAAAAGUACUGGCAUAAGUACACAAUGAGGAUACACAGUAAAAUGUGUCUGACCAUCAGACAUCUAUCCCAGAGAGCUAAGAGUAUUCUGCAGGGCCAUGAGUAUGUGGCAUGUUACGAGGUAAAGGCCAAUGCUCACGUCUAUGCAUCGAAACAGAAGAAGAUUUCAGAGAUUAUGAGAUGGAACACAGAAAACAAAAUGCUGUUUGGAUCCAUACAGACAGUAAAGAAGUCUGUAAAGAAUACUAGUAAAACAUCUGCAUCAAAACCAAGAAAUAUCACUUCAAAGGUGUCCAGCAAAGUGAAGACUGAGUUGGAUGGCACAACAAAAAGAAGGCUGGAAGAAAUGUAUCAGACGUCAGUGGGGAGUGGAGGUGAAAGCAACCAGAAAGAUGAUUGUCAGUUUGAAGACAAAAUGCUGCCAUCUGAUGGUGAUACUAAACAGGUCAAGAUCAGAUUUUUGGAUGAAGUAGGAAGUACAGAACAAAAUGUUAUGAGUGCUGCUGACCUUACUGAUGCUGAAACAGAUCCCUUGUUAUGGAAUUCAAGGAGAGAACCUGACAUACCUAAACUCAAGGCUGUUCCAACUCUUGCAAAGAAACCUAAAACAAGGCCUGUAAUAAUUAAAGUUGCAGAUUCGUCAGAAACAUGCACAGUUAAAUUAGAUGAAAGUGGCACUAGUUCUACUGGAUUGGAGUCACGUCUUGGCAAAGAAUCUGUAAAUGAAGCCUUCUCUCCACCAAGUGAAAUAAACUUUGUUCUUCAGUGCCCACUGACACCAUCAGCUAUGUCAAACUUUGAUGAAGCCCAAAACUUUCGGAGUUUAAUUGAAAGAUUCAGUUUACGUUUGACACCAACAGUAAACACAGUACUGACCAAAACAAGAACUGAAAUAAGUAACUUUUUUCUCCUGCGCUGGCGUGAAAACAUGAUUAAGACGCUUGGAGAAGAUGGAUUCAAGAAGCACCAGGAAGCAACUAUUUGGCAAGGCACUACCUUCCAUGCAUGUAUUCAGCAGUAUCUGUCAGGCACACCAGCGAAAGAGAUAGAUAUUAAGGAGAACAUUGAAGGAUACUGGUCAAGUCUAGCUAAAGUCUUGCCCGACAUCUCAGACAUUAAGGCUGUGGAGACACCAGUCUCUCAUCCUUUGCUUUUCUACAGAGGCACAUUUGAUUGCAUUGCAGCUUACAAGAAUGUCUUGUACGUCAUUGAUUGGAAGACCUCCAACAAGCCAAAACCUUUGAUAAACAACCUGUUUGAUAAUCCCAUACAAGUAGCUGCUUAUUUGGGUGCCAUAAAUGCCUCCACGGAAAUUACCAGUAAACUGGGAGCAGUGGAUCACGCAGCAAUAGUUGUUGCCUAUGAGAAUGGUGAAGCAGCACAUGUGCACCGUAUGUCUCCAGCACUGUGUUCCUAUUACUGGAAUCAAUGGUGCCAGCGCCUGCAUCAGUACUGGACACAGGUAGCUGCUGAAAAAGCGAAGUAACAGUCAUGGAGACUUUGUCAGAAGCCAGUCUUAAACUUAACAAUGAAACAAUUUGUUCUUUCUUAGGGGCAUUUUUUUUUUAUUGCAGUUUUAAUCCGCAUUCAGCUUUAUUUUUGAAGAACUGCAUAUUCUGUCAAGUUUCAUAACUGAUAUUAAUAAACUGAAUUAUAUUUUGUUAAGUGCAUUUAUAUGUGUUACUGAAAGGACUGCUUCUUCUUGUCAAGUUUUAUACUUGAGGUUAAUAUAACAAACUGAAUCCAUCUUGUUUGGUUCAUUUAUAUUUUCACUGAAAACACUUGUUACAUUUCUGACAUUGCUUUUUCAAAUACACUGUAUAUGCAGUCUGUCUUCCACAGGAUGGAAUAUGUUCACCGUUUUGUGUUC